AUGCAUAUAAGGAUGCCUGAAGAUGAGGCGGUACUUGAAAAGGAUACUGAAGUUUUACAACAGAGUAGCAGACACUUUGAAGAACCUAUCGGGCCUCGUGUGGUGUCAAGAACGAUACCCAAGGGACCGUGGAAAACGAUUCCAAAAGGACCAAGAACUCAGAUAAAAGAAACUCCACCAAACGAAGAUCCAUCAGAAGAUAAGUCAAAAGAGCAGGACAAAACACAAGAAAUUAAAGCCAGGUCUACAUCUACAGAGGCUCCAUCCAAGCUUGAAAAGACCCUACCUGCGGCUGAGCGAACGGCUCCUGCAUCUAGGUCAGUAUCUCCUAACGAUUCAGAGAGUAGUAAUGCGGACGAGGAAGAGGAGCCGGUACUUAACGGAAAGAAAAAGAACAUGUCCUUAGAGCCACACGAAGAUUCAGAUACGGAUAUUGAAGAAUCUAUACCAGUUCCCUCCAGACGGAUCAGAGCAUUUCACAGAUUAGUUAGAAAAACAAGGAAAGACCGACACGAAGAGGGAGCAAAGGAUGUUCAAUCAGAAAACAAAGCUCAUAGUGAAACAGAAGAAGAAAGAGACACCAAGGGCAAGGAAGAUAUAGAUCACCACAAGGUCCGUGGUGAAAAGUCAAGAACCUCAUCCGGGUCUCGGACGAGGAAAGUUUCAGGCCGUCAAGGUAAAGAUGCGUCGGGUCGGUCGCUUCUUCAAAGACUGUGUGCUCGUGGUAAUUAUGAAGAAGCCAAAGAUCUAAUCGGGGAAGGAGCCGAUGUCAAUGAUGCCGACUAUGCUGGAAACACGCCUUUACACGAGGCUGCUUUGGAAGGUUAUGCACAGAUUGUUAAGCUAUUAUUGGAUAAUGGUGCCGAGAUAGACAGACAAUCUGGCCAGAUGGACAAGGAUACUGCUUUAAUAGAUGCAGCAUCGAACUUGCACUACGAUGUAGUCAAACUUCUAAUUUACAGAGGUGCUGAUCCAACUGUGAUGAAUGCACAGGGUGACUCUGCGAUGGAUACUCUAGAGGAUGAUGACAGAGACAUAGAGUCGCUCAAUAAAGAAGAUUUGGCCUCUCUGACAAAACUGAAGAAGCUUAUUGCCCAGUAUACCAAAGAUUGGAGGAAGAAACACCAACAAAAACGUCACAACAGUACCACUGAUACUGAACAAGAAGACAGCAUUGCUCGUCGUCGUAACAACAAUACAUUCUUUGAUUUUUUCACUAGAGAAGGAAGGAGUGAAAUUUAUAACAAAGUGGCCGAAAACGAUGUCACCUAUGUGUUGAACUACGUUUCCAAUCUCGCAGGAAGCCGUGUGCCUCCAGAUCUUCUAACUUUGGCAGCGCGACACGGUCAUACCGACAUCGCAAGCUUGCUUCUGGCAUUUGGUGCGAAGAUCAAUUAUCAUGACCGAAAUGGUCGCACACCACUCAUGUACGCUGUGGGAAAAAACCAUUUAGAUAUGGUGAAAUUGCUUCUCGAGAACAACGCGGACUCGCUUAUGAGGGACGACGACAAUAAGUCUGCCUUGGAUCAUGCUUUGCAGAGUGAUGUUGCGGAUGAGGAAGAAAUUAAGAUAUUAAAAGAAGAACAGGAAAAGCAAGAACAUCAACCUCGACGCGCAAUAGCCAAGAGUGAUGAUUCUUCAGGUUCGGAAAGCAAGCCUAAAAGAAGCAGAGCGUCUGCUAGAAGACCGAAGAGAAAGAGAAGUAGGAGUCAAGCAGAAAGUGAGGAAGAAGUGGACGCGGACGACGAGAAGAAGCCGCAGAGCGACAAUGACUACGCGAAUGACAAGAAUGAGCAGAUCGAGGAAGCAAAACUGAAGAUUAAUCCCAAAGAUGAAUACGAGAAGGAGAAAAUCAAGCACACCAAAUCACAUGCGCGCAUAGCAUCGCUUUCAACAUCACCAUCAGACAAAACUAUUCCUAUAAUCAAGCGCAGAAAGACGGCAGAUAAGCUAAGUAUUGUGUCACUGAAUACGGAUGAAAAACAAGAAAACGUGGAACUCCAAUCACGGUCCGGGUCUCCUAAAAUAGAGCUAACAGAAAGUGAGCUUAAAGCUCGAAGAGAGAGGGAACUUGAGGUGCAAAAGGCUAGAGAGGCACUAGAACUGGAAAGACUAGAGAGAAAGCGUGCUAGGCAACAACAAAUUGCUAAGAGUAUUGAAGAGCUAGACAGGCAACGUGCUGCUGAAGAGGAGGCUCAAAAAAUGCAGGAAAUUGAACGAAAAAAGAAAGAAGAGGAGGAGGCUGCUGAAAAGAGAAACAAAUUGGAGGCCCUAAAGAAGGCAGAAGAUGAGAAAACUCUCAUUGAACAUAAGAAAUUCGUUCGAACUUAUUAUCCAUAUGGUGUACGAAUUGCGGACUUCAACGGUACUCCAAGCCGACAAGAAAUGUUGAAAUACCUCCCUUUGUACAGUUUCAACAUCAAUGGAACAAGUUUUGUGGUGGAUGUUCAGGUUUGCUUACUCUUAGGGGCCGAGAACAUCUACGAGGAUUAUUCGGAGCUUAAGAAGAUAUCUGUUGAUGCUGAACACAAAUCUCUUCUUUGGAAUCUUUUAUGGCCAAUGAUUGGAUCAUUUAUUCGGGACACAGAGCCAAGGUCUUCAGAUGUCGAAUCUCAAUUGAAACUAUAUGAGAGCGAGGAAAAAAACUUCAAUGACAUGCUUAUCAAUUGGAUUAGACAGGAUGACUUUAUGAAACUACUUGAACAGAGGCCGGAGUUGGACCCCGUGAGAAGAAUAGUGAAAGAGGUCAAAAUGUGUGAUGUCAUAGUUCCUACGAAGAGUACAGAGUCUAGAAACUUUACUGGGAGACGACUUCCGUCGCAGUCCUUGUCGUCUUCAGAUCGAAGUAGCAGCGCAUUAUCUCAUGUUGCUGAGAAUGGAGCAAACAAAUCAGACCUUCGCGGGCUUCCUUUAACGCUUGAAAAUAAAGCUAAACGGGUUUCGGGUAUGAUGAAUAAGACGAUGUGGUGA